GCGAGCGGAUCUGCCGCCGCCGCGGCCUGCGGGCGCGCCCUCCGCCCCCGGCAUGGACUGAGGCCGCCCCCGGGCCUGCCGCGCCGCGCCCCCAUGGCUCUAGUCACGGUGCAGCGCUCGCCUACCCCCAGCGCCACCUCCAGCCCCUGCGCCUCGGAGGCGGACAGUGGGGAAGAGGAGUGCCGGUCCCAACCCAGAAGCAUCAGCGAGAGCUUCCUUACAGUGAAAGGGGCCGCACUCUUCCUGCCGAGAGGAAAUGGGUCUUCUACUCCCAGGAUCAGCCACAGGCGCAACAAGCAUGCAGGAGACCUCCAGCAACACUUGCAGGCCAUGUUCAUCCUGCUCCGGCCCGAGGACAACAUCCGCCUGGCUGUAAGGCUGGAAAGCACGUACCAGAACCGCACUCGAUACAUGGUGGUGGUGUCCACCAACGGCCGGCAAGACACCGAGGAAAGCAUUGUCCUAGGAAUGGAUUUCUCUUCCAAUGACAGUAGUACUUGUACCAUGGGCCUGGUGCUGCCCCUGUGGAGCGAUACCCUUAUCCACUUGGACGGGGAUGGCGGGUUCAGCGUCUCGACGGAUAACAGGGUUCACAUAUUCAAGCCGGUGUCCGUGCAGGCCAUGUGGUCUGCUCUGCAGAGUUUGCACAAGGCCUGUGAGGUGGCCCGAAGCAACAACUACUAUCCCGGGAGCCUCUUCCUCACCUGGGUCAGCUACUAUGAGAGCCACAUCAACUCCGACCAGUCGUCCGUCAACGAGUGGAAUGCCAUGCAAGAUGUGCAGUCCCACCGCCCCGACUCGCCCACCCUCUUCACGGACGUCCCCACGGAGCGCGAGCGCACGGAGCGGCUGAUUAAGACCAAGCUGAGGGAGAUCAUGAUGCAGAAGGACUUGGAGAACAUCACAUCCAAAGAGAUCCGCACAGAACUGGAGAUGCAGAUGGUGUGCAACCUCCGGGAGUUCAAGGAGUUUAUCGACAAUGAGAUGAUCGUGAUCCUCGGGCAGAUGGACAGCCCCACGCAGAUCUUCGACCACGUCUUUCUGGGCUCUGAGUGGAACGCCUCCAACCUGGAAGACUUGCAGAACAGAGGGGUGCGGUACAUCCUGAACGUCACUCGAGAAAUAGACAACUUCUUCCCGGGGCUCUUCGAGUACCACAACAUCCGGGUGUACGACGAGGAGGCGACGGACCUGCUGGCCUAUUGGAACGACACUUACAAGUUCAUCUCCAAAGCAAAGAAGAACGGCUCUAAAUGCCUGGUGCACUGCAAGAUGGGGGUGAGCAGGUCGGCUUCCACAGUGAUCGCCUAUGCCAUGAAGGAGUACGGCUGGAACCUGGACCGGGCCUACGAUUACGUGAAGGAGCGCCGCACAGUCACCAAGCCCAACCCCAGCUUCAUGAGGCAGCUGGAGGAGUACCAGGGGAUCCUGCUGGCCAGCAAGCAGCGGCACAACAAGCUAUGGCGCUCGCACUCGGACAGCGACCUCUCCGACCACCACGAGCCCAUCUGCAAACCUGGGAUGGAGCUGAACAAGAAGGAGAUCACCACCUCCGCUGACCGCAUCUCCGAGGCCAAGCCCAGCGACAGCCGCCCACCAGCAUCCCCCACCUAUGCGACCGAGCUGAGCACGGAGCGCCGGCUCCAGGGGGAUGCGGCCGUGAUCGAUGAGCUGUGCACCAAGGAAAGGAGGAUCCAUCUGGAGUUCACGUCCAGAGACUUCCACGCCGAGCAGAUUGAGGAUGAGCUGAACCUGAACAACAUCAACGGGUGCUCAGCCGGCUGCUGCCUCGACGAAUCCAAGUGCCCCCUGGAUAACUGCCAUGCCUCCGAGGCCUUGAUGCAGCUCGACCAGCCCCUGGAGAUAGCCACAGACUUCCCCGACCUGACAGUGGAUGACCUGGAGAAAGAUGCCCUUAAGCCAGACAUGAACGUGCACUUGGUCCCCAUGGAAGAACUUGCUGCCCGGCUAAAAGACCUCCCCAGGUCGCCCGACCAGGAUUCCCCAAGCCCACAGCUUCAUUCCCAGCCCGAAGCUGCUGACUUCAGCACGGACCGGAUCGACUUCUUCAGCGCCCUGGAGAAAUUCGUGGAGCUCUCCCAAGAGAGCCGGUCUCGCUCCUGUUCCCACUCGAGGUCGGAAGAGCAGAGCAGCGGGAGGAACGGGGUCGCGAAGGGAUCGGUGCUGGAGGUGCCACCUACGGUGGAGACAGGCAUCACUGUUCAGAGAACCGGCUCCUUGGGCAACUCCCCACAAGCGUCGGAAGAUUCUUCCACGGAUGAGGAGCAAACAAAGGAAGUCUCGGAGCUGCCUGGCACAGGCCCCCUCACGCGAUCCCACUCGGAAAACUCAAUAUCCGUGAAGGAGAUCGUCACGGAAAUCGAGUCCAUCCACCAGGGCGUGGGGCCGGGCCUGCAGAAGACAGACGGUGCUGCUGGCCACACGCCGAUGGUGCCCAAGAGGAACACGGUCCACGAGCUGCCAGCCGAGGCAGCCUGGCCAUCGGAACACAAGCCUGGCAAGGCCGAGCCAGGCGAUGGCAUUUGCACGGCCCAGCAGGAGAAGGCAAAAGAGCCUCUGCAAGCAGAAGAGGAUGGGGCUGACCCAGAGGAGAGCAGCCCAGCCGAGGACCAGCAGGAGCUGCAGGGAGAAGGCCUUGCCCUGGCACCCAAGUGGUGCCCAGGCUCGGUACGACGUGCCACGCUGGAGUUCGAGGAGCGCCUGAGGCAGGAGCAGGAGCAGCAGCACGGGGCGCCUGGGGGCCUGCUGCUCACCCGCAAGAACUCCCGCAACGACCCUGCCACCACCGAGCCCGCGCCCCGCGGCAGGAGCGAGGAGCCGUCUCACGAGCUGGCCCCAACCUACGGGGAGGGCGACAGCCACCAAGCCAGGCCGGGGAGCCCCGAACCCCCUGUUGGCACGUGCCCUGUUGUGGAGCCCCUGCCCGCGGAGCUCGGCAUGGAGCAGGAGGGGCCAGCGCGGGAGCGCCGGACGGUGGUGCUGCUGGAGAGCUCCGCGGUGCCGGCCUUGCCUGGCCCCCUCCCCAAGAGGAUCGAGAUCAUCGAGUAUGCGCAGGCGUCUGAGCUGCUGGGCCCCCAAGAGUGUGAUGCCGGCUGCGGGCAGGGUGGCACGGGGCCAGGCUUGACCAGCCUGGAGCUGCCACCGCUGGAUGAAAACCUGAACCCCUCGGUGUGCACGGGGACAGCCGCCGUGUGCCCGCAGUCUCUGCCACUGCAGCACCCUCCCAUGCCGGGACCCAUGGCAGCCCAGCAGGCCACCUCCGCCCCAGGCAGCCCCCAGCAGGGCUGUGGUGGGACACCGAUGCUUCUGGGUGCCACCUCCCCCCUUGGCCAGGCGAUACCCUCACCCUCAACAGACCCCGCGUGCCUGAGCCUGUUUCACCUGGAGGGCGUCACGGAGCAGAGCACGAGCACGGACGAUGAGCCGGCCGCACCGUGCAGCGCCGGUGGGGGCGGGCAGCUCCUAUGCGGGGGCAGCUGCAGUGCCUUGAUGCUGUUGAGCCACGAGGACCUGACUGUGCUCGGCCGCCUUGCUGGGGGCCAGAGGGAGCCUUGCGAAGGCUGGGACUUCUUCCUCUGCUCCGGCCUCCCCCACAGCUCUAGCAGCCGCAGCGUAGAGGACCGCAGCAGCCACCCCAGCCUGGUCCAGCUGCGUGCCACAGAGCUCGAGGCACGCAUGCGGCAUGCGGGGCUCACAGCGCCGUCCCACAUGAAGCGCUCAGCCUCCCUGGCCAAGCUGGACUGCCUGGACCUCUCGAAAGACGACUUAGCCGAGAGGGAGCACGCCCCCUCGGAGCCCUGUCCCCACCUGCUGCCCCCGGGCAGCCCGCCUGGAAGGCUGUGCACAUCUUCCUCCUCGCUGCCGGGCCUCGCCGACCCAAAGCCCACGAAGCAUUUUGUAGAGCAGCUUAAAACGACUGAGUGCAUUGCCCAGAGCAAGCCGGUGGCGCGGCCCCUCGUGCAGUAUGCCAAAGAGUUUCGGGUGGGUCCACCCGGCCCAGUCCCCAGUGCGCCACCUCUAUUGACUCGCUCCGAAGAGGCGCUUCCACUGCUCCAGGCGCCGGGGCCAGACUCGCCGUGCCCGGCUCCGAAGCUGGCCGUGGCGCCACGGCAGCAGCACGGCAGAACUCACCCCCUGCGGAGACUCAAAAAGCCUAGUGACAAAAAGCGGACGCCCAAUCCUCUCUAUAACACCAUGUGAACCCGAGCCCUGCGCCGUGACCCCCUCCCCCCCCACGUCGUCGCGCUCGUCCCAGGGGCAGGUGUAAUAUAUAAGGAACAUGCACUUUAUCGGUUAAUUUUAUAGUCAUUUUACUGUUCCUGACGCAUGUAGGUUUGGGUUGUGUUUCUCUGUGUGCGACUCCGACUGCAAGGCCGUGGGUUAUUUUUUUAAGUUUUUUUUUUUUUUUAACUCCGAUAACCUCAGCCGUGCUCUUUGUUUUAAAAGAACACCCCGGCCAGGCAGAAAUCACGGUGGCAGCCCCCUCGUCCCUGCCAAGCUAAACCCACCCCCAUUGCCUUCCCCUUGUGCCACGGCAGCUGCCCGAGCGGGCGCCGCGCUCAGACGCAGCGUUACCCCGUGGCUGACCCCACAUAAGCAAACUGGAACUUGCUGACCGCGGUGGCCGCGGGCCGAGCUGCUUUGGCAUGAGCCCGCAGGACGGGUCUGGCCCGGAUGGAGGGGUGGGUGCUGGACUCCCGCUUCCCGGGACCUGCAAAUCCACGCCCAUGCACUUUGACUGUGACCGAGGGGGCAGAGGCCAGGCCGUGGGGAGCCUCCCCGGGGGCUGCCGAGCCCUGAAAAUUGGGGGGUGUUCUUUUAAAACAAGGGGGGCUUAACCCUUUCAUUACUUGAAUACUGCUGUGGGCCUUCCGUGUACAAUGGCCAUAUCAUGUAUCCACCGGUCUCCCCUCCACGCGUCCUCCCCGCCACCAGCACCACCCUAAAGUUGUUCUCUCGCUCGUGCUGCCUGAGUUGCUCCCUCUCUGCUCCCCACACACGCAAACACACCCACACGGUUCUUGCUUGCAAAGCCAGCAAGUGUCUUCAUGGUUUGUACCUCUUGAAUGCAAGGUUUUCCUCUCUCUGCUGUCACUUUUAACACUUAACCUGGAGGGAAGGUCGGUCUCUUCCGGAUGUGGUUUUCCCCCUGCGUUGUGUAUAUAUACAGUAUUUAUAGCGGGUUUUGUCAUUUCCUAUGGUUUCUUUUUAAACAACAACAAAAAAGGGUGAGACUGCGUUCUGCAAACUGGAAACAAAGCCACCUCUCCCGGUUCCGUGGUGUUCAUUGCAAGCCGCACGUGACCUCCAGGAGGUCUGCCUCGAGCCUGUCUUCCCUUUCCAAAAGUGAGGCCCUGUUGUCGCCAGCUUCUGCCAAAUACCAUGUCCGUUGUGCAUGAGCUCUGCUCCCUUCCCGCCGGGGCCGGGCUGCCGCCCCGGCUGCCUCGCUUGUGACUGGAAGGAGGGUUUUAGGCCAUUUGAAAAUCUCAAGCACCCUGAGCCACUGGGCGCGUUCCUGCUGUACUGGAGAGCGUGGGGGGAAGGGGGAUUGCAAAGGGGGUGACACGGGUUGCAACUUGAUUUUGCGCGCCAGCUGAUGCAGGGCUUGCUGAGCACCCGGGUGUCACCUGCGCAGCAGGGCAAGCCGUUGGCCCCUGUGGGAGAGCUGUGGCCUGCUCGACUGGUACCGCAGGGCCUGGGGGGAGUCUGGGUACGGAGCCGCACGUCUCCCCUGGCCCCAAGCAGCCCAGCUCUGGAAGGAGCAGGUGCAAAUACCCUGCAAAAUCUCUCCCAGCAUCUCCCGUGAAAGCACGGGGAGUAGGGCCGAGCCUUGCUCCGGUGCGUGAUGCGGUUGGAUGCGUGCGGUGCUGUCUGGACUGGCGGGUGGUUGGGGUGGGGGUCUUCUCCCCCCAGCAGCAGCUUGCAGAGGGGUUGCAGGGAUCUCUUCCUGCAGCAGGAGAGUUGGGGUGAGGCAGAGUCAGCACGGGGUCACCUUCCCACUUGUCCCCCAUCCCCAUGCAAUGGGGAAGCCCCCGGAGCAGCUUCCCUGCCUGGAGCUCAGCCUUCAGACCCAGCUCCUCCGCUCCCUCCCAGCCCUGCCCUCCCCUGGGGUUGCAGCACAAGCCCAGCUCCUCCAGCCUGAAUACUUGAAGCAGCCUCACAAAACUUUCCCCUGCUGUCCUGGGGUGGGGGGAGCCCUGGCUGUACCCCUCACCCCAGCUCUGCCCCUGCAGCUGUGGCACUGGCAGGGCUGGGAGGGCAGAAGAGGUCCCCUCAGCAGGGCUAUGGAGACGGCCAAGGUCUCUGCUUUGAGCAGGCCUUGGGAAAGAGCUGGAGAGUCCGCCCAGUGCGGCCUAAACCCCUCCAGGCUCCAGAAGCACCCACACAUCCCCGCACCGGGGGCUGCCACAGGCCCAUCAGGACCUGCCUUUGGGCCUGUCCAGCUGGGCCCAGGCAGCUGCAGGGCAGGACACGUGGGCGCUUCCCUGGGCUGGGGAAGCAGCUGCGUUUCCCCCCGCUGGGGCAGUGUCGGGCGCUGGAGCUUCCCAUUUGCAUUCCUGUAGCGAGCUGCAGCCCGGUCUCAGCCCAGCCCUCGGCGGGCACGGCCUUGUUUACAGUGCGGGUCUGCCCCCGGGCAGUCUCUGCCAUCCCCUGCCUGGUUGCGCCGCCCCGGGAGCCUUGCAGGAGAAAGCUGUGGGGCCAUGCCCCCCGCAUCCUGCUGCACUGAGACGCGGAGGGCAGCUCGUACCUCCUCCAUGCCAGGGGUAGCCGGUCGCUGGCCGCCAGCUCCUGCUCAUGGCCUCGUAGCCGGGGUGGACUGCCGGUUUCUUAGCCGGGCUGGCAGGAGCGGAGGGAGACACUCUCCUCCCCAGGGUGAGGGGAGAGCUGCCUUCCCUGGCGUGGGGUGACCGGCCCCAAUGGGUCUUCACUGGAAGAAGAAACGCCCGGUCCCUGCCCCGCAGGAAGAGCCAGGCAGGGACGAGGCACGGCGCGGUGCCAGUGCCUUCUCCGUUCUCUUUCCUUUCUGCAAAUGUGACUUGGUGCGUUGGGUGGGGGGACCCCGCGCAGCCCCCCGAGCCCGCGGCGGACGUGCUCGGCUGUUUUUAAAUGUGAAGGCGCGCCCGGGCGCAGCCCCUGUCCUUGUUACUGAACGAAUAAAUUUUUAUUUUGA